UUGUCCCAACCAGGAAAGUCGUACCAUCACUCGCAUGAUUGCAGCAGAUUAAACUGGGUCCCUAUUUAACGCUUAAUAAUUUUUUGUACUGUGUAUUCAUUCAGUGAAGAAAAGCUCAAAAUAUUCAGUUUUUAUCAUAUUUUCAUCCUUUUAUAUUACCGUUAUCAUUCGUUAUCAAUAAAUCGAAUCGUACGAAUGAGAUUUUCAAGAAUUCAUGACUAACUUUAUGAAAAGCUUUCCACGAUGAUCAAUAYUCCCUUGUAAUCCCACGCCUUUUUUUUCGUGUUCAAUCUGUUUAUAUCUAUUUUCCUUGUUGUUUUUUGGURUUAAUGUAAUAACUUGUAUCACGAUCGAGCGGAAAGGUUGUAGCACCUAUAAUGAUGCGUUGGUUGGUCUCAGUAUGGUGUACGCAGCAAGCUAUUUCCUGAUUGCUUAAGAAAUAAGCACAACUAAAAAUGGACAAUGAGCGUGGURACUUCAAUGAAAGAUCAUGCGAUGAAAAGCGUCGGGCUUAAGAACCCUGAUAGAUUAUAGAAAAAGCUGUACUAAUAGAAAACUAAGUUAAGGGUAUUAUGACAUCCCACUUCUUAAUUUUCGUUGGUUUAAUGCUAUGGGUACGCACCGUUACAUGUGGGAGACUUGACGAACAACUUUGUGCAGAUCUUGUGCAUAAGGAAUGUAAAUGUGACAUUGCGCAUGCGCGUGUCACGAGGAAGAAGACUGAUGUAUGCCGUAAACUCCAGUCUUGCGGUGAGUGUAUGGCAAUCCCAAGAUGUCAGUCAAGAUACCUCGAUGAAUAUAGAUCUCUAUUGCUGACUACUGUGAAAUUUAGCCGACUUACAUCAAUAUGUCCUGAUAUACAAUACAAAAAACUACUACGGAGCAUUAAAGCUUCAAGACAGAAGUGUUCAGACGGAAAAGUCUACACAGAUCGUUGUGGCGAACGGUGCAAAUGUCAGGACGGGCGUUACGUAUGCUAUCGCGUACGUAAAGAAUUUACGCAAAUGAGUUUCUCAGAACGCCGUCGUUACGUUAGUGCUUUCUACAAAGCUACUACGGAUCCGUACUACAAGGAUGCGUUUGAAGAGUUGUUAAACGCUCAUUCUUCGAUGCCAACUCUAUAUCUUCACCACAUGCCACAAAUAUUCCUGCCUUGGCAUCGAUGGUAUUUGAUAAAAAUCGAGGACUUCCUUCGCCAUAUUGAUUGCCGUAUAACCUUGCCUUACUAUCAAUGGACUGCGCCUGCUCAGCCUUUCCAAACUGAUGACCCAAGAAGUGUUUGGAGCGCGGGCCCAGAGGGUCUUGGUGGAAACGGUGUCCCCCCGGAUUGGUGUGUAAAGACUGGGGUUUUCCGCGAGGGGAAUUGGGCGUUACCAAUCAAUAAAGGCGGKGGGUGCCUUAAGAGGAAUUUUAACUUCUCAUGUGCUCUUUACGAUGACGAUUAUCUUGAUAAAACCCUACAAGACAAUUUCACGAUGUUUGAAUUAAUCGUAAGAGAAAAAUUACAUAAUGAUUUUCACGACUGUGUCGGAGAAUUGAUGCACGAACACGUGACAGCAGGAAACACACCGGAGUUUCUCCUUCAUCAUUCRUUCAUCGAUAAGAUAUGGGACCAUUACCAGUCUGAAGGCAACGACAAUAAGUUCGCAUAUUUUACAUCWCUCAAUAUACGAAUGCCACAAGCGGACCGCUUUCCAUGGGAAUACCUUGAUAAUAACAAUCUUCCUGGCGAUGUAAGAGUACAAUAUMAAGAAUAUCAAAGACCUUAGUUGUGUUAGAACUAUGGAGUAACUUAUUAAGGUGUUUAAUCGUAAUAAUUAAAUAGCACGUCAAAAAUUUAGGUUAAGAUUUUUUUCAAACUUCGU